AUGGUGUCACUAGCAACAGUUCGAGCGUCGAACCAAGGCCUCAAAGCCGCAAUCCCUGGCCUCACAGCAUUAUUCGUUGGAGGUACAACUGGCAUUGGCCAGAGCACUCUACGCCAACUCGCAAUCCAUGCGGAAAAGCCAAAGGUAUACAUCAUCGGCCGAAGCGAAUCAAAGGCAUCACCAUUCCUUGAAGACCUCAGGAAACUCAACCCUCAGGGGAGCUUUAAUUUCAUCGAGCAAGACGUUUCACUCAUGCGAAACGUGGAUUCCGCCUGCGAAGCAAUUAAGAGCAAGGAGGGAAAGCUGAAUUUACUCUUCAUGACACCUGGCGGGAUCUCUCUAUCUGGAAGACAAGAAACUAGUGAAGGAAUCGACCAUCUCUUCGCUCUCCGAUAUUACUCUCGCAUGCGCUUCAUUCAGAAUCUUCUGCCGUUGCUCGAUUCUGCCACUCCAGCAAGAGUCAUCAGUAUCUUUGGAGGAGGUUUCGAGUUUGGUGUCAAUCCCGACGAUCUAGAUCUUAAACACAACUACUCAAUCAUCAAUUGCGCAAAGCAUGCUAUUACCAUGACGUCAUUGGCCAUGGAACAUCUUGCUUCCUCACACCCAUCCGUGAGCUUCAUGCAUAUCUAUCCUGGCCUGGUGCGGUCAAAUAUCUACACCAACAGCUUCCCUCCCCCCAUGGCAGCAUUCUACAAUUAUGUUGCAUGGCCGAUGAUGUGGCCAUUCUCAGUCAAUGUGCAAGAGUGUGGAGAACGUCAUCUCUUCCAUCUUACAUCGGGUCUAUAUGCGCCUAAGAAGGGUUCUUCCCCGGCCGAGGGUGUUCCUGUCCCAGGAGGGUUGGAGGGAGCCAUUGGAUCUACAGGGCAAGUCGGGGGUGGUGCAUACCUCUUGAACUGGAAGGGAGAGGGGAAACAGGCACCGAAGACUAUGCAGAAGUACCGGGAAGAGGGGAUGCCCGACACUGUAUGGAAGCAUACGGUAGAUCUAAUUUCUCGCGCCGCCGGAGAUGCAUGA